AUGCUGCCUGCCACUGCCAGUGAUUUCCCUUCCAACGAGCCCGCCCUGACGACUCGUCUAGUUGAGACCUCGACCGUUACGGCCUACAGAUGUACGGAGAGAUUCGAUGUGACAGCCGGCACGGGACAGUUUCACGGGUCCUUUGUCGAACCAUUUCUCGAGGAAAAUGGACAUGUGGUUCCGUAUUGGGGGCUUGCAUCCACCUACAACUUUGUCAAGAAUUCGGUGUUUUCCAUCCCUUCUCAUCCCAUAUCCUGCCCGAGGAGGGUCGCGCAGUGCGACUCUUAUCUCUUUCCAGGCGGCACAUAUCUGAUGUAUCCGCAACCGACGCCCACUUCGCCGCUGUCGACAGACGCGGCCAUCAUCAUCGAUCAUGCGCCGGGCACGCAAGUCGACUUUGCCCGAGGUCUUGAUCCGCUGGACGGGUUUCUGGCCCAAGACUGUGUCGUGUACGGCAGCGACAGUUCCAUAGUUGGGGUGCAGUUCUGCCUUGCUGAGAGCCAGGUCUCGCCAGGCUCCGUACUGGCAGGAGUCUUUGCAUGUUCUGCCGGCACGCAGGGAGGAGUAUGUCGGAUCUCAGGCCACGGCCACGUCCCGAACGUGUCGGCGACCAUGACGGUCUACAGCCGACGCGCGAGCAGCGUGUGCGCGGCCUCCAACAACAGCAUCCUGUCAGUCUACGACCUCGGCGACCCCGAGCCCGAGUUUGCUGUCAACAUCAGCGCGCUGCAUCUUGCCGCCGGUUGGCUUUUGAACUACACGGCGUCAGGUCUCCCCGCGGUGUCGUCGCUGAAUUUCUGGUUCUGGUUCGCCCAGUCCGACACCUACAGCGCCAUUUGGGAGGCCAACGCCUACACCACGUUGCAGAGCAUGCUGUCGUUCAUCCUCUGGGAGUUCUGCACCAACAACAACGAGAAUCCGGCAGUCAAGCCCGAACUGAGCGGCGGACAGCCCAACCUCCCGGCAUCAUUUCAGACCACCGCUUCGGUCUGCCAGCCUUUUACAAGACUCGUGUUGCUCCGCGCCACGUUUGUCACGUACCUUGUUCUCGAGGCUGCUGCCCUCGUCUUCUGCUGGGCCGUUCUUGUCUGGCGGGCUUUCUCCCAACGCCAUGCGCUCGAAAUCUCUUCGUACCCACUGGUGGAUUUCACGAGCAAGCUCCGGGAAAAGUCCACAGUGGACGGCAGCAGCACGGCCUCAAUGUCCCAAUUCAUCACCCCCAAUUCAGGUGACAAAGCAGUCAGACACUUGCUAGGCGAUGUCAAGAUGGUCGUUUUACGCCAACACAGUGAGAUUGAUCUAACCACCUCUGACCCUGAUCAUGUUAGCAGUAGUUUGUCAGAUCGAGCAGAUCUAGCGAGCGGCGCUCGCAGCUCAGUCUCUGAGCAACCUCGGCUCGUAAAUGAAGACGCCCGCCCUCAGGAGAAGUCGCCAGUCGGGCAAACCGAACCACAGGUCGAAAAGCAGACAGAUGUCGAGAAUCCCGCAUCUCCAUCUGCCUCUCAUGCUCAACGCCCUAGCAGCGGCAGUGAUCAGGACGCCGCCAACGUCAUCGUGGCGCUCGCAGACGGGCAGUCUCAAAGCAGGUGA